AUGUUGUGGGUGGGGGGGGGGUUAUGGUGGGGGUGGUUGGGUGUUGUUGGUUGUGGGGGUGGGGAUUGGGGGGUGGGGGGGGGGGUGAUGAUGGGUGGGUUGGGGGGGUUGAUUGGUUUGGGGUGGGGGGGGGGUGGGGGUGGUGAUGUGGGGGGGGGGGGGGGUGGGGGGUGGGGUGGUGGUGUGUGGGGAGAGGUAGGGGUUAUUGUGGGUGGGGGGGGUGAGGGAGAGUAUGAUGAGGGGGGGGAUGUUUGUGAUGAAUAA